CAUAAACCUCACACAUAAAUUAGACAUGGCAGAAGUUCUAGGCCCAUUUGGGUUCGCCUUCGGCGCCAUUGGGUUCAUCUUUAGUACUGUGGGGACGACAACUGAGGCCUGGGAGAACUUCCACAAAUAUGAAGAACAUAUGGGACUCUAUCAACUGCGCUUGGGCAACUUCGAGCGCAAGAUUAAUAAAUGGAAUAUCUUCUGGAGAAACACGGACUUUGGCCCCCAUAGGGCCGUCAUUAACGCUACGAGAAUGCGGAUGGAGAAAUUGUGUGAAGACAUGGAACGGAAGCUAAGGAAGCACCAUUUAAAAGACGAAGGGCUCUGGAAAAUUCUGGCAUCGCAUUGGAAAGAAGGCAAACGACUCAAGAUGAAGGAUCUCGGAAACGGCUCAGCGAGUAUUUUCCACGGCUUUGCUUAUGCGCUCUGGAAGAAAAAGAAGUUGGAAAGCUGGAUGAAUCGGCUGAAGGAUGAGGUUGAAGGAAUCCACAACCUCUCCAAGGAUGAGAUGAAACGGAGAACCGCGGACUUCGCAAGCGACGACCCCUCUCAGGUAGACAUUGAGCGGACGACAAAUCUGGAGCACUUCGUCCAGAAUCUUACCAACUUUGCACAACAGCUUCAUGAUCAGUGUACUAGAACACCUACUACCAAAGGAUGGGCCUUAGGACUACGCCCUCCGCAUAGCUCUAAAGACAUUCCUGGUGAAAUCAAGCGUUGCGCUAAAGACGUCAAAUCAUGGAACCAUAUCGCACAAGUCAACAUUGAGCUCGUUUAUUCCCUGGACGGACAAAGCUUGAAAGAAGGGAGGCUCCGGGUGGGGCAUCAUCGCAGAGUUGAGCAGCCCCAGGUACCAUCGCAUGAUGUGCUUAUAGGCCAGAUUCAACCCGAUAACCAAAUGAUCAACUGCUGCAUACUUGAUGAGCCACGAGUACGAACACGUCCGCUAGGCGUACUCAUACAUGAAGGAUUCUUCAACGAUAUCAAAGUACGCAAAGAAUGGCAGCAAGACUGUGCAAGACUACUUCGUGGAAUCUCAAACUGGACGCUUCUCCUAUGGAACACCAAUUGGACCCAACAACUCUGCUGCUAUGGACUACAGAUUGAGCAACAAGUCUCCGCCCAGAACUAUUUCAGGCAGUUGUUUACUGCUGGGUUGCACGAAGACCAAUGUCUUCACCACCCUUGGCGCUUGAGGAAUCUGGGACUGGUCUUGGCUCAGCUGGCUCUAGCCACACCCUUCCGUUGUAGAGGAGAUCUGGUGGGUCUAGAGUUGGAAGAAUGGGUCACUUCAGCAGAAGAAGGGGUCGAUCCAGCUUGGUCGCGCAUAUACGUGGAGGACAUACUCGAUAGGCUAUUGGAAAGACCUAAUACGGAUAAGAUUCGCGACGCCAUCGAGUUCUGUCUCACCGAUGAGUCUUCGCUUGCUAAGAAACCAUUUGAGCCGGGAUUUCUCUUCAAGUGCAUUGAUUCGAUACACGCCAAUAUUACCGAGUGGUGCGAUAUAGAGCUAGAUGACUCAAAGUUUUAUGAAGAACUGAAUGGGCUUUUGGGAAGUCCUAAAUGGCCAGACGAUGCAUAUGAAGGGGCACAACAAUUGGGUCCAGAUGCCGCGCCGGUGGACAAUGACAACGCCCCAGAUGAACCCCCUCUACCAGGCAACGCUCAUCUGCCAGAUGAUGCCUACCAGCCAAACGGCCUUGACCCAGUAAUUCAUGAUAUAGCUCCUGGAGAGCCUUUACUUUUUGAGGGAAUAGAUGACGAGGAGCCACAAGCAAACGGCCCGCAACAGAACGUAGCUUUGCGUCCACCACCAGGCAUGAAGAGGAGACUAAGCACGGAGCCCGAGCCUCAAAGCAACAAGCGUGUCAAGAAGUGACACCAAGUUUACCGUCUUAUACGCUGUUUUUUUUCUCGUAUACCUGUUCCCCUCAUAAUAAUGUCGUACAUGUAGGACCUAUAGUUUCAAUUAUGAAUGAUCUGCUCCAGCAAGCGGGUCGGGUAGUUUGAAAAUGAUCCAGCGACACUGGAACAAUAUUGUCAAUUCGGAGGUCCUGGUAAGAGCUCGAGGAGACGGAUAGAAUCCGUAUGGUUCAGUGUAUCGUAUUGAUAGACCAGUGGCGUAGUAUCGGCCAUGCUGGCGAGAGUGUAGUAAGUUGGAGCUUGAAGCGAUCGUGCGGGAACCAAAAU